AUGCACGAGAAAUAUGGAGAAGUCGUGCGUAUUGGACCGAACACGGUGGCAUUCAGUAACCCGGAGGCGAUUCCAACUGUUUAUACGGCACGGACUGGAUUCCCGAAAAGUGCCUUCUACGCGACUCUCCAAGCCUAUGCCCCAAAGGGUGGUAACCUUCAGGCCAUUUUCAACACUCAGGACGACGACAUGCACAAACGGCUCAAGACCCCUAUUGCGCCCUUGUUCACCCCUGCGAACGUACCCUCCUUUGAGGGUCGCGUUGAUGAAGUCCUGGAAUGUUUGCGCGAGAAGCUCGACGAAAAGUUUAUUGAGAAUAGUGAAGUCUUUAAUCUAGGCCAGUGGCUGCAGUUCUUCGCGUUCGAUGUCAUGGGUACAUUGACCUUUUCGAAGAGGUACGGGUUUCUGGAAACUGGGAAAGACGUUGGGGGAAUGCUGGGUACAAUCGUCGACUUCAUGAGGAGCUCUGCCCCACUGACACAAAUUCCCUGGCUUGACUGGGCCCUGCGCAAGAACCGCAUCGGGGACGCAUUCCAGCGUAGGUUCGGGGUCCAGGCAUCCCUUGGGAUACUCGGGUUCGUGGGCAGGGCCAUCAAGGAAAAGCAAGGGACUAUGUCCAAUGGCGAGUACAAGGAUACUGGUGACAAAUAUGGCCGUGGGAAAGAUUUUCUGACUCGAUACAUCGAGCUCCAGCAGAAUGACCCCGAAGUACCGCCCUGGGCCGUUACCGCAUGGACGUUCUCCAACGUGAUCGCAGGCUCGGAUUCGGUGGGCAGCCUCAUGCGCACCACAAUGUUCAACCUCUUGGUCUACCCACACACUCUGGAGAAGCUGUACGACGAGCUACGCUCUGCAAAUCUCUCUCACCCAUUUCCCAAAUACAGCGAGGUGCGCAAUCUGCCGUAUUUAGAUGCCUGCGUCCAAGAAGGCAUACGCAUGCACCCACCCUUCGCGCUACCCUUUGAGCGCGUUGUGCCAAAAGGUGGCGUCACGAUCCUUGAACACUAUCUGCCUGCCGGAACAGCGGUGGGCGGUAGUCCCUACGUCGUGAAUCGGCACAAGGGGAUGUUUGGUGAGGAUGCCGAAUUCUGGAGGCCAGAGAGGUGGCUUGAAAAGGAUGAAAUGCAUAAGAGGAAACUCGAACAGGCGGUAUUGACUUUUGGUGCUGGCAGGCGUAUCUGCCUGGGAAGACACGUAGGCAUCUUGGAAAUCAAGAAGCUAAUUCCGUUUCUCAUUCUCAACUACGAUAUUCGCAUCGUGGACCCCGAAAAGUUCGAGCUUGAAAAUUCAUGGUUCUUUUUUCAGAGGGGACUGUAUGCUAGAAUUCAGAAGCGGCCUAAAGAUGCGGGAAAUCAAUCAUGA